AUGCCCGAGCCGGCCAAGUCGGCGCCCGCCCCGAAGAAGGGCUCCAAGAAGGCGGUGGCCAAGGCGCAAAAAAAGGACGGCAAGAAGCGCAAGCGCAGCCGCAAGGAGAGCUACGCGGUGUACGUGUACAAGGUGCUGAAGCAGGUGCACCCGGACACGGGCAUCUCGUCCAAGGCCAUGGGCAUCAUGAACUCAUUCGUCAACGACAUCUUCGAGCGCAUUGCGGGCGAGGCGUCGCGCCUGGCGCAUUACAACAAGCGCUCGACCAUCACGUCCCGGGAGAUCCAGACGGCCGUGCGCCUGCUGCUGCCCGGGGAGCUGGCCAAGCACGCCGUGUCCGAGGGCACCAAGGCCGUCACCAAGUACACCAGCUCCAAGUGA